AUGUCACAAACUGACCAAGGGCUAGAUAAGAACGAGGUAGAGCGCCUGAAAACGGCUCUGUGUGAUUCCAUUGUGAAGAUUGUCCAAGAGGAAACCCUGAAGCUUGAGGCCACUGCCACUCCUCAAUUCGUCAAUGCCCUUCUAGAGGUUGCUUGGUCACAUCUCGAAACCACGAUCGCUGAUGUCGAAGCUUUCUCUCGACAUGCCGGGCGGUCAACUAUCACUCCGGCCGAUGUGCUCAUGCUUUGUCGCCGCAACGAGGGUCUGAACCAAACUCUGCGCUCAUACCAGGAGCAUCUGGAGAUUGAGCGACAGGAGAAUUCUUGA